CCCAGCUCAAGGCGGCAGUUGGGAGGAAGGCGGCCAGACCAAGUCAUGGAGCUCAGCGCCCUUCUCCUCCUUGCUCUCCUCACGGGACUCUUGCUUCUGUUGGCCAGGGGCCACCCGAAGGCCUAUGGACGCCUGCCGCCAGGCCCCCAUCCUCUGCCUUUCUUGGGGAACCUUCUUCAGAUGGACAGAAGUGGCUUACUCAAAUCCUUCCUCAGGUUCCGAGGGCAGUACGGGGAUGUCUUCACGGUGUACCUGGGGCCAAGGCCCGUGGUCAUGCUAUGUGGGAUAAAGGCCAUACGGGAGGCCCUGGGGGACCAGGCUGAGACCUUCUCUGGCCGGGGGAAAAUUGCUAUAGUAGAGCCAGUCUUCCAGGGUGUGGUCUUUGCGAAUGGGGAACAUUGGAAGACCCUUCACCGAUUCUCUCCGGCUACCACGAGGGACUUCGGGAUGGGGAAGCAGAGUGUGGAGGAGCGGAUUCAGGAGGAGGCUCAGUGUCUGGUGGAGGAGCUAGGGAAAACCCAGGGAGCCCUCCAGGACCCCACCUUCUUCUUCCACUCCAUGACCUCUAACAUCAUCUGUUCCAUUGUCUUUGGAAAACGCUUUGGCUACAGAGACCCUGAGUUCCUGCAGCUGCUGGACCUGUUCUACCAGUCCUUCAUGCUCAUCAGCUCCUUCUCCAGCCAGGAGAAGGCCGACCCCCGCAGUGAGUUCCACCAGCAGAACCUCAUCUACACCGCGCUGUCGCUCUUCUUGGCCGGCAGGGAGACCACCAGCACCACGCUCCGCUAUGGAUUCCUGCUCCUGCUCAAAUACCCCCACAUCAAAGAGAGAAUCCACAAAGAGAUUGACCAGGUGAUUGGCCCACACCGCCUUCCAUCCCUUGAUGACUGAGCCAAAAUGCCAUACACUGAUGCAGUCAUCCAUGAGAUUCAGAGAUUCGGGGACCUCAUCCCGAUUGGUGUGCCCCAAAAUGUCACCAAAGACACUAACUUCAGAGGGUACAUCAUUCCCAAGGGCACUGAAGUAUUUCCCAUCCUGCACUCGGCUCUCAAUGAUCCCCAUUACUUUGAAAAACCAGAAAUCUUCAACCCUGACCGCUUUCUGGAUGCCAAUGGGUCACUGAAGAAGAAUAAAGCUUUUAUCCCCUUCUCCAUAGGGAAGCGCAUUUGUCUUGGUGAAGGCAUCGCCCGCAUGGAAUUAUUCCUCUUCUUCAUCACCAUCCUCCAGAACUUCUCUGUGGCCAGCCCUGUGGCCCCUGAGGACAUUGACGUCACACCCCAGGAGAAUGGUGUGGGCAAACUGCCCCUAGUGUACCAGAUCAGCUUUCUGGCUCAUAGAGAAUGCUGAAGGAAGGGGGCCAAAGGAUUCCAGGAUCAUGAAGUAUCCCCACUUCUGCAGAGAACAGCUCCUUGCCUCUCUCUGGGUCUUCCUGUCACUGAGAGACCCACUGCCAACCAGCAACCUUCCCUUCCUGGGUGCCACCUCCCUGGGAAAGUCCUCUCUGCCACCUCAUCUCUGUCCAUCAUUCUGCAGCUCUUGUAAAGACUCGUGCAAGUGUUUUCUUUCCUUUGUUAACAGAGUUCCGGAUGUGGUGUAUAUAUAAAAGCUGGGGGCGAAGAGAGGAGACUUGGCUCAGUUCUGCCUCUCAAGCCGCAGCUACCCCCAGUGACUUCCCCCUUCCUCAGA